AGAUAACUAAGAAUUUUUUUCUGGCUUUAUAAAUUCCGGUUCCCGGCAAACUUUUUAUUUGAGCAGCAUUGGACAGCGUUUUCUCCAAAAAAUAGAACGACAUUUUAAGUUUAAUACCUUGGAUAUCGACAAGUCAAGCUGAAAGAUAUUGUAUGGAGACAGAUAAUCAAGAGUUAGUGCCCAAUGGUGGUGCUGGGGAUGGAGUAACCAAAAUGGAAGUUAAACAGGAGGAUUCGUUCACAAAUUUUCAACUUGAUGUCAAAUCAGAACCUGAACAAGAUGAAACUGGAAAAUCUGGUCGGCCUGUAAGAAAAAGGAAAGUAAAUAGCUUGUAUGAAAAUUCGGACUUAUCUGAUGAGGAAACUCCAGUUAUAGAAAAACCUAAGCGUGGCAGAGGAGCUUCAUCAGCUUCAAAAAGAGGACGUGGAAGAGGCAGAGGCAAAUCAGCAGAUAUGCCUGCUAAUAUGGCUGAUCCUUCUCGUAGUCCCAGAAUUGUCCUUAAAAAGAUAGGUGCUGGGUCUGAAGAAACUCUUGCACCGGACCAAAUUAAAACUGAUGCAGAGACACCAAAACCUACCCGUGGCAGAGGAAGGGGGAGGGGAAGAGGCCGUGGUGCAUCAGCAACAAAAAGCACUCCUAAAGUUAAAGCUGAACAAGAUGAAGAGGAGGAGGAGGAGGAAGAAUUUGAAAUGGAAGAAGAGCUGGAUGAUGAAGACGAGGAUGAAGAUUUUGUUCCAAAGAAAAAAGCAGGCAAACAAGCAAAGCAAACAUUCACAAGAGGAAAGAAGGGCAGACCGAAAAAGACAAAGCCAGUUCCAGAAUCUGAUCAGGAUUUUGAGGAAGAUGAAGAAAAUGAAGAGGAUGAAGAAGAUGAAGAUGAAGAGAAUGGAGCUAAUGAAACUGGCGGAGACAAUGCCACAGAUAGUAAUCCAAACUCUGUCAAGACUGGGCAGUAUCUUAUUGAAAAAAGUGAUACCAGGAGACUUGAAAAUUUCCCCAUUUGGAGAAUGGAAGGACCCAACAUGCUUAGAAAAUUUGAAUUGGUUGUAAUUGAUGGCAGAGUGAGGCAUAGAUCCUUGUAUGCUUAUUCAUCAUGGGCUCAGCAUAUGAUAGAUCUAUAUGAAAAGAUACAGAUUCAACAAAUAUCUUCACAAGAUGGCGAAACAGUAGUAGAAAUAAAGGAAGAAUGUAUGCCUCAGCCACCAACACUUGAAAGUCUUCAAGAAAAAUUUGCUAACGAUGAACUCCUGAACAAAUACUACUUCUAUAUUGAGGCCCUGAUUAGACAGGCAGUUGACAAUAACUUUUUGAAAAAAAUCAAAACUGAAGAAGACAUGCAAUACAUUGAGCCAAUCAACUUUAUUGACAACAUGAUAAGAGAAAAAAUCACAUUCAUUGAAUCACAAGUUAGCAUGAAGGAAGAGUUCAAGAAUCGAGUGAGAAAUUGUCCAAACAUGAAAAGUAUCAAGCGCCAGAAUUGGUCACAGACUGACCAGGCUACUACAAAUAAAACCAGUGAGAAAGGUGUGCGCUCUGUCCUAAUGUUCGGUUAUGGAUAUGACCCUUUUUUCCUGGAGGAGGAUAAGUCAAAAGGUGUUGAAGUAGCUCAGGAAGUGGUGGUUGGCAGCACUAUGGAAGAGUAUCUAAGUUCCUAUCAUGGACUCACCCAUUUUAAAUUCAUUUUGUUAAGAAGAUGUCAAGAUAAGGUCAAGCUUAUUGGUGCCCUAGAACCAGAGUUGGAUAUUUAUGGAGUCCAAGCCAAAUGUUUGCAAGACAAAGUUUGGAUAUUACAGACUUUUGAAGAUCUGAGAAACCUGUUAGCAAACAAAAAUCUCUCGUAGUUUUUCAUCUAAAACUUAAGAUGAAAAGGCCAUUUGCAUUUGAUUUUUACAUUACACUUCCAUUUUAUUUUAAACUUCAGACCAAAUAUAUAGUAAAUAGGUACAUUUUUAAAAACCUAUUUUUCCUAAUAUAGAAAAGGCUGAUGUCAGUGAUGAAAGGUUGAUUGAACUAAAAUGACAUAAGCCUGUCAUUUGAAAUGUUUUUUUGUUUUAUUGCUUGUACAUACAGUAAAUCAUGUUUUAGCCUUAGCUUAUCAAAAGAUUUGGUUAAUACUGCAAUUAAUUAAGCUGCUUUAAGUUCUGUUGUUUCAAACUUUUUUUAAUGUAGUGAUUGAAAUUUUUAAACCUGUUUGUAUUUUUAAGCUGACUACUUUCUAAGUUACUGUUGUUUCAUUUGUUUACUUUGAUCAUGGACCAUUCUUUCAUCUCUCUAUAGUGUUGAUUUGAUGUUAUGUACAAAUAAUGAAAUGGCAGUGAGGUUAUUAAUUUUGUUAUGUACCAGAUUGUCACAUGCCAGUUUAAAGACAUUGAAUCCCCAAUCUUCAUUUUCUUUUAUAAAAAAAUUGUCACAGGACUAAGGGAUACCACCAUUUGUCAUUGUUAAGUGGAUCUUUAUUGUUCAAUAAAUAAAGUACCUUUUUGUAUA